CAAGGCCAUGCUAGUUCUGAAGCAAAGCCUUUGCCGCGGCUCCACCUCUAUCCCAGACCCAGACCCAGACCCAGGCAACGCUGUUGACUGUCAGCUCGAGGCCCUCAGGGUGCUAGACGUUGCUCAUAUCAUCUCCGGCGCCCCGAUACUCAAGGGCUUUCUCGCGGAAUGGAUUACGAUUCUCUCCAGCGAUUGUCAAGACACUGGUCGUCUCCCCGAUCCAACCCGCACUGUCCUCCCUGGUGGAGCUGCAGCACCGACCCCGGAUACCGACACAUCCUUCGAUGCACCCCAUAUCCGCUUUUCUGCAGCCGAAUUUUCGACUCCUCCAAGUCUGCACUGGUUCUCCGGCCACCUGUCGAAUCCCUUGCCGACGCCCUUCGUUGUCCGCGGAGCUGCUUCGUUCUGGCCGGCGCUUUCCUCGAGGCCCUGGUCCAACCUCGGCUAUCUGCGUCGGGCCGUCGGCAACAAUCGCACAGUCCCGGUUGAGAUCGGCCGCAGCUACACCGAUCCAUCGUGGCGGCCGGAGCUCAUGCGCUUUGGUGAGUUUGUCGAUCAGUACGUCCUCGGCUCGGACGACGAAUCGGCAUUGGGAUCGCCGUCGGGAUCAGCGAGUCCUGCAGCCAGAGAGAUCGGGUAUAUGGCACAGCACAAUCUGCUCGAGCAGUUCCCCGCACUUGCCAACGACAUUGCCAUUCCGGACUACUGCUUUGUCGAAGCCGCCGCCGACAGCGAGGCAGACUCGGAUCUGGCUGAGGACAGCGACAGCGACAGCGGCAUCGACAGCCACGUUACCAUCAACGCAUGGUUUGGUCCUCGCGAUACUCGCUCGCCUCUGCACACCGAUCCGAAAAACAACAUAUUCGUGCAGGUUGUGGGCAUCAAAUACCUCCGACUGUAUUCGCCCAACGAGUCGCCCUCGCUCUACGCAUUCGGCGAAGCCAGCAAAAUGUCGAACACGAGCCAAGUGGAUAUCGAGAGCCCAGAUCUUGGUGCCCAUCCCCUGUUUGCCAAUGCCGAAUACGUCGAAUGCAUCGUUGGUCCUGGCGAUCUGCUUUUUAUUCCGCAUGGAUGGUGGCAUUACGUCCGGUCGCUGACGAGGAGCUUCAGCCUCAGCUUUUGGUUCUGAUGAUGACCGUACGAAUGAGCCUCUGCUGCCACCAUCGGCUGUGGUCUGGGUGGGCGGCGUGCUGGUGCAUGGUGAGAAACGAGAGUUUAGUACUGCCAAUAGAGCCGAUACCGCAUU